AAGAAUAGACGAAAGAGAUAGAUACUUGGAUGUCCAGAACGAAGGAUUUUUUAUUUCUGAAGUUUAUUUGCGUAGAAUAUUCGACUGAGUAAUCGCGUAAAAGUUAAAAUAAAAUUGUGAUAAACGUUGUGAAAUACGAAAAAUUUCCAUCAUAUUGUAAAGGAAUAAGAAAAAAAAUUGUGAAAUAUACAUAAUUACAUAAAAUUGUGCUGGGGCUAGGUGUGGGAGGCGAACAUCGUAAAUUCGUCGUCUCAUAUCCAACACCUCUAUAAGCGGAAUAAAAAUAUCGAUUACUGACUAUGACGACUGGUCUGGCAGUAUAUAAUCCUGGGGGAAUAAGCAUGAAAAGAGUGCACCACCACAAGUGGGUUAAACGUGCAACAGCACCACAUCAUAGAAAAAAUAUACAACGAAAUAAUUGCCUACGAAGAAGCUUUUCAUUAGGCAACAAUAUCCGAAAACACAACGCAAAAGCGCUUGGAGGUGGCGAUGGGGGUAUUGUGUGGUUUGGUAAUGACCGCGCAUCACACGUACUAUUCUCAUUUCUACUGCUAGCAGCCCUAACGCAUACCUCCAAUGCAACUGCGACCGAUAUUGCGCUGGACGCAAAGGCCACGCUCACACAUAGAAUUGAUAGUCUUAAUCUCUUGGUUUAUACCUUUUUGCUGACGUUAACUGUACUAACAAUUUGGCUGUUCAAGCAUCAUCGUGUCUCCUGGCUACAUGAAACUGGUCUUGCGGUCAUUUACGGUCUAAUUGUUGGCGCUGUUAUACGCUAUGCCGGCACUUCAACGCCCCUUGUGCACCUGGAAGUUGAUCCAGCUGGUGAUCCAAAAUUUAAUCAAACCUUACCGCCAGACACCUUAUGGAUGAAAUUCCCCGGAAAACUGGCACCGAAUACCACCGACAAAGAACCAAUAUCCAACAAAACAUAUGCAUAUGUUUUUCGUGGUCAAGUCUAUGACGUCGAUGAGAAUGAAAUCGAUUUGAAAGCUACUUUUGAUCCAGAAAUUUUUUUCAACAUAAUAUUGCCGCCAAUAAUUUUUCAUGCCGGCUAUAGCCUUAAAAAGAAAUACUUUUUUCGCAAUUUGGGCGCUAUAUUGAUGUUCGCCAUAUUGGGCACGACAUUAUCAUCGUUCCUAAUCGGCGCUAUUAUGUACGGCUGUGUGAAACUAAUGCCAGAAUAUUUGAGUAGUAGUUUCACAUUCCUGGACACGCUGUAUUUUGGAGCGUUGAUAUCGCCAACAGAUCCACUAACAAUAUUAGCUAUAUUCCACGAUUUGCAUGUGGAUGUAAAUUUAUAUGCGCUGGUGUUUGGUGAAUCUGUACUUAACGAUGCAGUGGCCAUUGUGCUCAGCGGCGCUAUACAGAAUUAUGGCGAACAUUAUUCUAGCACAGGCGGCUUUGAAACAAAUGCCUUCUUUAGAUCGCUAAGCGAUUUCUUUGGUAUAUUUAUGUUGUCGCUGUUUAUUGGCGCCACAAUGGGCUGUUUUACGGCAUUGUUGACAAAGUUCACCCGCGUACGUGAGUUUCCGCUACUCGAAUCUGCACUCUUCGUACUCAUGUCGUAUAGUACUUUCCUAAUUGCGGAAGCUUCUGAAUUGACUGGCGUUGUGGCUGUGCUCUUUUGCGGUAUUUGUCAGGCGCAUUAUACCUAUAACAAUCUAUCGGAGGAUUCACGCACACGCACAAAGGAGAUAUUUGAAUUGUUGAAUUUCUUGGCAGAGAAUUUCAUAUUUUCAUACAUUGGCGUUUCGAUGUUUACCUUCCCCAAGCAUCACUUUGAUGCUGUUUUUAUAAUAACUGGCUUUGUGACCGCGGCCAUUGGACGCGCUGUUAAUAUUUAUCCACUUUCUUGGCUAUUGAAUUUGAAUCGUAAACCGAAAAUAUCUUCGAAUUUCCAACACAUGCUCUUCUUUGCCGGCUUGCGCGGCGCCAUGUCCUUUGCCUUGGCUAUUCGUAAUACCGUUUCCGAGGCACGUCAAACGAUGUUGACCACAACCUCGUUAAUUGUGAUUUUUACAGUCGUCAUACAGGGUGGUGCAUCCAAUUUUCUACUGAAUUGGCUCAAAAUACCCGUUGGCGUCGACGAAGAGACUGAACAGCUAAAUAAUUAUCGCGUACGCAGUUCUGAUGCAUAUUUGCAGGAUGUCGAUGUAGAUGUAGAAGGAGCCGGAGGACUUGGUGAUGCCAGUGCACAGGCCGCCAUAAAUGCAAAACGCAAUGAGAAGGCAUUUUUGGCAAGGAUAUGGGGCAAUUUCGAUACCAAAUAUAUGAAACCGUUGCUGACGCAUUCACGACCAACACUACUCGAAACGUUGCCCGUUUGCUGCAAUCCCGUGGCGCGCUUACUCACCACAACGGAGCAACUGACACAGGACGGUGGCGGUUUGCGUCGCUCCGAUUCCGAUUCGGACAUUUGCAUUGAUGAUGAGAAUUUCGGUGCGUCCUCAACGAAUGGCAAUGGCGCUGCCGGCGCCAAUGGAGGUAGUGGAGGCUCAGCCGGUGCGGGUCCGCGUCGCAACUCGAUUAAUCGUGUAAGUAUACGCUUUGUCGCGGAUGAUCGCAGCCUCUUUGCUAGCUACAAAAAUCGUGAUUGAAUUAUAUAUGUAUUGAUACAUACAUAUAUCUUGUACUGACAUACACAUACUUAUAUUAGUAUGCAACUAAGACUAACUGAGCGAAAAAGAAAAAUAAAAAAACUUAACGUUAACGGAGAUUAAUAUAACACGAAUAUUAGUGCUAUUCAAAUUUAAAAUUUAGACAAUUUUAUUAGCAUUUAUUUGAAUUGAGAAAUUGCGCUAACUCUAUGGUAUUGGAGUAAUGAAGUAAUAAACAAAAAUGAAUUUGUUGAAAAAAAAAAAUGUUAAGGCGUGUGUAUAAAGUAUGCAGUAUUUUUAGUAUAAUAACUAAUCUAAAUCUUCAAGCAACUACCUUCUGAUCUACUUAUUUUCUGUAACUGCCACACAGUUGCACGCCGUAGACUUUUAAAAAUGACUUUUUUGUUGUUAAUGUUUUAAUUUCUCCAAAGAUUCGCUUAGUUUGCCAUUUGCCAUAUUCAAACAAGUGAAUAGGUGCAAGCACUAAAAAUUAUUAAAUGUAAAACAUAUUUAAGAUUUUUUUUAUUUUGAUUUGAAAUCUAUUAAUUGAAUUUUUAUUUCUUAAAC